GAAGAACUAGGCUGUGAUUUCGUCGUUUCCAUGGGAGGCUAGUGUUUUUGAGGAUUGUGGGAACGUCUAAAUGUGUUUCUUAAAAAACAGUUCGUGGAAAAUGAAUAUUGCGUAUAGUGAUGAAUGACAGCGAUCGCUAGCCAAAGUGCUCUGAUUUAUAAUGUUUCAAACAGCUAAGUAACUGACUUCCUAAUUGAAAAACGUUAGUCUAGUGUACAAGAGAGAAGGAUCGAUCAUGGGACCGUCAGAUAAUUUUGCUGAAAAGGUAGUUUGCCAGCUAGCAUGUUCUUAAAUAUAAUGCGAUAUCGAUAACUUAUCUUGUUAAUCAUUUAUAUAAUAACGAAUGCUUCAUACCCACUGCAACGAUUUCUAAGUGAGUGCAUUGUAGUGAAGUUAACAUUUCGAUAAUGAUUUCACCAAAUAGUUUGAACUCCAUUAAUCCUGGGAGUAAUCGAAAACAGGGAAUACACAACAGCCAGAUACGUAGUAGUGGUCAUUCCUUUGAAUUUAAGGGGGAAAAGACUGAGUCUUUGCCGUCUGUAUUAUGCGAGACAAAACUAACAAUUUCCUCCCUGAAAAUCCGUCUUGCUCCAACCAUUCAAAACACACUAGCCACUGCAGUCGACUCUCUAUUGAGUGAAGUGGCAGUCGUGCUAGAUGAUGCCUUGACUAAGACUCAGCAAGAAUUGGUGACCCAGGAGCAAGAGAACCGAAGGCUGAGACUGCGACUUGAGGUGUCUGAGGGGGAGUUGAAAGCAUUACAGGACUGCCUAUGUAGCGCCCAAAAAAUUAUCGACCAUAUCCCUGCUUCCUUGCCUGGCCUGGAGACUCUCGGGCAGGGGUUCUCCUCGUCUGCAUGUGGAGGGAAUGACGUUGUGCACAGGGAUAGUUCCGAAUCCUUUAGCAGUCAAACUGAGCGCGAUCGUGACAUCUCUGGUCUGCCUGGGUGUAACUCAGAAAACCGCGGUUCUUUUGCUGAGACUCUGCAAGGGUUCGACUCUGGAGAUGACGUAAAGGUCUGCCAGCUUUCCAUUCGAGCGGAUGGCACCGUCAGUAGUAACCUUUUAAACACCUUCAGUAGCAGCUCACCCAGCUCCUGGUCAGACAUUGCCAGGCCAGAUGAAUGUGCCAGAGAGCAGAUAAGCCGCCAAUGUCUAUCAGAAAAAGAGCCAAGCUCAUCAGGCCCGAGGUCCAAGCCCAGGUUGGAAAUCAAACAGGAGCAGGACCAGGGACCGGGUCAGCAUGUGCGCAGGGCGGCAGGGGAGGGGGGCGUUGCCGUGGCCGCUGAGACCGAGCAGACUGCGCAGAACGUGGCUGAACUGGGCUACAUUCACGUGGUGGAGGAGGAGGAUGCCUCGCGCUCGCACGGCCGUCCCGCGCGGCCGCACAAGCUCCCUCACCCGCCCCCGCCGUGGCUGCACAAGGGCAGCGGCGCCCCCCUCGCGGACGGGCUGAAAACCCUGGGGAGACCUCUCCAGGGGGCGAGGCCCGGUCCGGCGUCCUCCAGAGCCGCCGUCAGCGCCAAGGGGCCGUCGGCCGCCGGCCCGGCUGCGGACGGCAGCGGCGGCGGCGAACGUCCUCACCUCUGUCUGCAGUGCGGCAAGGCCUUCCGCCUGAUCUCCAGCCUGAAGAAGCACAUCCGGAUCCACACGGGCGAGAAGCCCUACCCGUGCCCCGUGUGCGGCCGCUGCUUCCGGGAGUCGGGGGCCCUGAAGACGCACCAGCGCAUCCACACGGGCGAGAAGCCCUACUCCUGCUCGGACUGCGGCACCAGCUUCAGGCACCUGGACGGGCUCCGCAAGCACCGGCGCACCCACACGGGCGAGAAGCCCUACGUGUGCGGCGUGUGCGGCAAGCGCCUGAGCCGCCUGCAGCACCUCAAGCACCACCAGCGCAUCCACACCGGCGAGCGGCCCUGCCGCUGCCCCCGCUGCCACAAGAGCUUCAAGGAGCCGGCUGCCCUCCGCAAGCACCUGCGGACGCACCGGGAGGAGCCGGGAGGGGUGGAGGCCGCCGCCCAGGACGCGGGCGGGGCCGGGGCCGGGGCCGGGGCCGGCCCGGCGGCCGCCGGCAACGCGAGCCGGCUCCACCAUCUCGCGCUUCUUCCGCAGAUGGGCUUCGGGGUGUGGGGGGCCGACGGGGAGGACGGAGUCGUGAUGAACGGCGUGUAGGGCAAGCUCCCUCUGCCACUCUGCGAUGUGUCCUCUUGGUCAACGUGCAGGUAAAGCUUGGAGACGAGGAGUAGAAAGAAGCUCUAGAAGGGGUUUCUGUGCAGAACUGCCAUUAUGAUUUCAUAGUCCUCACAUUUCCCGAGCCCAGAGGACUGUUGAGCAGAUUUUAGUCUAAAGGUUGUGAAUAUUUUCCCAAAGAGUGAAAUCGGGAAUUAAAGUAUCAAAUGUGUUACCUGCAAGGCUCCAACUUUGACAAUUGUGUUUGCCCUUCAUUCUCAUGAAUGGUCAGCCUUAGUCAUUAUUUUCACAGUCAUAAUCUUGCAGUUUUGUUUGCCAUAAGAAUAUUUAUAAAACUCUGUUCAGUAGAGCUUCAAUUGUCUGAAUAACCAAAAGUGACUAAGCUUUUGUGGGAAACCAUUUCUCCUCUGCAAAAGCUCACAAAGGCAUUUUUAUCUUUUGUAAGCUGUUCCAAAGUAACAAGCUGUCAUGUACUGGUUAGAAAAGACUUGCUUAACUAAAAGUCAAUUCUGCUGUACGGAGUUGGAAAUAAGGUAUUCAACAAAGCAUUGGGAUCUGCUUUGCAUUUUGAAACUGCAUUUAAGGGCCCAGCAGCCCUGGUUCUGGAGAGCCGCGAUCAAAAUGAUUUUCAGCCCUGUUUACACCAGCAAUGCUAUGUAUCAGACCUGAGGAGGGGACGAUUCGACUUUUGAUCUGGACAUUAUUUUUAGUAGUCGGGCGCUUAAAAUAAAAACCAGCUGAAUUUGGCCCUCCUGGACGUAAUUUGAGUUGAGCAAGGUCGAGACUCUAAAGGGGCAGGGAUUUUUUUGCGAAUGUGAGUUAUCUCGAGCCAGCUUUCCGUUCUUUUCAAGCGAGGGCGCUUGCGUUGGUAAAAUGUGGAGUGGCCGGCGUGAGAAUCUCCGGUAUGCAACGGCAUGGAGCGGCGGUGAGAACAGUUGACUCAGCUCGCGUUUUGCGGUUUGAAUGCCAUGUGGCAUACAGCUGUUAUACCUCUGAGCAAGGUGCUCGAGUGUCUCCGCUCCUCUUUAAUAUCUCGCUACGUUCACGCGUUCUGGAUAUGUGACGUGCUAAUCGAUCAGCGAGUCAGUCUACUUUUACUUUCAUGGAGCGCUCUUCACAAGUUGUCUGAGGUCACAGAACAGUUAAGAACUCUUUGCAAAAUACAAAUUACCAACCGUACAAUUAUCUACAAGCGCAGUCAAAAUAAAUGUCUUUAAUUAAUUUAAUUAAAAGAAGCCAUUGUUUCAGUAUUUCUAAUUUGAGAGUUCUGCAGUCAGCAUAAUGACUGCAGGGUGUCUAUGUAAAUGACUUCAGACAAUACUUGGCACCACUGCUGGCACAUAAGGUGCUAACAAUUCCACACGUUUUUAACAACGUGUAUAAUGUAAAAACGGAUGUGCUUAAUGAACAAAUAAAAUGUGUUUCCAUCAGUGUUUGUCUGCAUUCAGGUGUGGUAUGCCGCCUGCUUGUAAUUUUAAUGGCAUGUGCAUCAACAUUCCAGUUCAGUGGAGCUCUGAGCAGAAUGGUAGUUUACUGUAUGUAUUUAAAAUAAUUAAAUAAAAUUGUUUCUUAUACAGGC